AUGCGCACAAGUGCCAUUCCAACCAUUCCCCAUUUCUCUUCCGUCUCCUUCCCGUCUCCAUUCCGUCUCCUCUCCCUUUUCUCUCCGUCUCCUUCUCGUCUCCAUUCCGUCUCCUCUCCCAUUUCUCUUCCGUCUCCUUCCCGUCUCCAUUCCGUCUCCUCUCCCUUUUCUCUCCGUCUCCUUCCCGUCUCCAUUCCGUCUCCUCUCCCAUUUCUCUUCCGUCUCCUUCCCGUCUCCAUUCCGUCUCCUCUCCCUUUUCUCUCCGUCUCCUCCGUCUCCGUUAUCCCGCUUCCCCCCUGCAGCUCCGCCAAUCCCGCCUUCCCCUCUACGCACUCGGGGGGGCCCCGCUCCUCCGCCGCAGGUGUCCCCGUUAUGAGCAGCCUCGCUGGAAGAAACGGGCUUUCUAUUGCACGCGCAGGGAUAGGCAGGCAAGCGGGCGCGGGACACGAAGCCUCCGCUUGCGCCACAUCGGGGGGGCCGCAUUCCCGCCCGCCUGGUUCCCCGCACUCCCCGGGGCCUCCGCUUCCCCCCCGGGGAAAUGCAGCUGGGAGCGGGGCGGGCGCAGCAGGGGCGCAUGCGCGCGCGGGUAGGGCGGCGGGCGCGAAGGCGGGGGUGAUUGCGACGACGCUCCGCGCCAUCUGGCGGGAGGAGGGCAUCCGCGGGCUGUACAGGGGACUCUGCCCCUCCGUCGUGGCGCUGCUGCCGAACUGGGCGGUGUACUUUUCAGUGUACGACCAUCUCAAGAAGAUGCUCAGUGCACCCGACUCCCAUUUCCCCGGGAGCAGCAGCAGCAGCGCAGGGAGGGUAUGCACGGAGGAAGGGUGCGCUGGUAGUGCCAGCAGCACACUCGCCAGCACCCCUGGUGUGAGGUGCACGGGGGUGUCCUUGUACGACCAUCUCAAGAAGAUGCUCAGUGCACCCGACAGCGCAGGGAGGGUAUGCACGGGGGAGGGCUGCACUGGUAGUGCCAGCAGCACGGGAGGCAGCACCUCUGGUGUCAGGUGCACGGGGGUGGCCUGUACAGGGGACUGCACUGGAGUCCCCUUCCCCUCCUCCUCCUCUGCCCCUCCGCCGCUGCUCACCAGCGUUACGGCAGCAGCGGGUGCCGGUGCUGCCACUGCCAUUCUCACCAACCCCCUCUGGGUCGUGAAAACGCGCCUGCAGACCCAGGGCCUGCGCCCCCAUCGCCUGCCGUACAAGGGAACGGUGUCGGCACUGGUGCGGAUCUUCAGAGAGGAGGGCGUGGCAGGGCUGUACAGUGGGGUGGUGCCAGCACUGGCAGGGGUGAGCCACGUGGCCAUCCAGUUUCCCCUCUACGAGCACCUCAAGCAGACCAUGGCGGAGAGAGCAAACACUAGUGUCGAUAAGCUAUCGCCCAUCGACCUCGCUCUGGCCUCCGCAGUCUCGAAAGUCGUGGCCUCCACCCUCACAUACCCUCACGAGGUGGUGCGGUCGCGACUGCAGGAGCAAGGCAGAGCAAUCGCAGCAGCGGGAGCAGAUAGCAGUGUGCCCCGCUAUCUUGGUGUCAUUGACUGCAUCCAAAAGUUUCACCCCCCUGCGUGCUACCCACCCACCACAUCCUUCCCACCCCCUUCCUCCCCACCCUGCCCUCUCCACGGCUUCUUUUUUCAGGUGUCUGAAGAAAUUCAAAAAGCGUUUGCAACCUUCCAGCCGUCAUCCAGCUCUAAGCCGCCACUACGCAGUCUUGAAGCUCCUAAACGACUACCAGCCAAUGGCGUCAAGCGUGAUUUGAGGCUGCAAUUCCGCAACAAGUUGGCACUUCCUUUGUUCACUGGAGGGAAGGUGGAGGGCGAAGGGAGUGAGCCAAUCCGAGUGUUUCUCCAGGAUGGAGAUACAGGUUCUGUGGUUACCACAGGACCAGAGGCCAAUCUGAAGCUUGAAGUUGUGGUGCUUGAAGGAGAUUUCAGCAGAGAUGAUGAAGAUGAUUGGCUACCGGGAGAAUUCGACCAGUUUUUGGUGAAAGAGAGAGAUGGAAAGAGGCCACUUUUGACUGGCGAGACGUUUGUGGUGCUGAAAGACGGGCUAGGGGUUAUGGGCGAGAUCACGUUCACAGACAACUCCAGUUGGAUCCGGAGUCGCAAGUUUAGGUUGGGAGUGAGAGUGUCGCCAGGGCAGGUUGGGGAGAGCAGGGUACGAGAAGGGAAGACAGAGGCGUUCACAGUGAAGGAUCACCGUGGAGAAUUGUACAAGAAGCACUACCCGCCUGCGUUGACAGACGAAGUGUGGCGGUUGGAUCGCAUAGGCAAGGAUGGCGCCUUUCACAAGCGCCUGAAUCAGGCUGGAAUUUUCACAGUGGAGGAUUUCCUACGGCUUGUUGUCAUGGACCCACAAAAACUACGAAAUAUUCUUGGUUCAGGCAUGUCAAACAAGAUGUGGGAGAACACGGUGGAGCAUGCAAAGACAUGUGUGCUGAACGGCAAGCUGCAUGUGUACUAUGCGGAUGACAAGCAGAACAUUGGCGUCAUCUUCAACAACAUCUUCCAGCUCAUGGGCCUUAUUGCAGACAGCCAGUACAUGUCUGUGGAUCUUCUUUCUGAGAGUGAAAAGAUUUACGUGGAUAAGCUGGUGAAGGUUGCGUACGAGAACUGGGAAAAUGUUGUGGAGUAUGAUGGGGAGGCUCUUAUAGGGUUGUCUGAUUCCCUGGUUGUACAAAAUAGGGAGCAGGAGGAGGGGGGUGCAUUGGGGAUUGGCGUUGUGCAAAGCUCUGCGGCACAAGGCAUGAAUGACGUCCACGUGGAUUGGGACGUUGCUGACGAUGCUCGCGACGGGGACGAGUGCGGCGAGGAGCUCCCGUGGUCCACGGCGUCGAUUCCCGUUGCCACGCUGAGCCAACGGCUGUCACUUGAGGAGCUUGCCACGCUGGCAGUCUGCCGCGAUUUGAUUCGCCGACCAUCUAGCUACACACCAUCCAAGCUCGCACGUCUCUCCCCACACGUGCUGCAAUCGCUGCUCCACGUGCUUGUGCACGUCAGGGAGCUCUCCCUGCCACUCUUACAUGCACUGCCCGCGCCACUUCUAGAGUCCCUGCCUCUGGCGCAUUACCCCAACCUUAAUGAUCGCUGGCUAGAGCUGCUGUCGCCCCACGCGCCCACACUGCUCUCCAUCGACCUCUCCUUUGCUGCUGCUGUCACCAACACGGGCAUUCAGAAGCUGCUUCUUGGUUCCCCUCCUGCUCUUCCUGCUGCAACCGGUACUGCUGCUGCGAUUACUGAUAAUUUUGUCACCAGUGCUGCUGGCAAGAAUUUGGCGGUAGUCAAUACUGCUUCCGUCAACGCUGUUGCUCCUUGUUGUGAUGCCAGCACUUGCAAUGGCCACGACAGCACCACCACCCCUCCCUUCUGCUCCCCUCUCACCUCCCCCCUCGCCUCCCCUCGCACUCCUCCUCUCUCCCCCUCUUCUCACAACCCUGCCUCCGUCGCCAUUACCCUUCCCUCCACCCUCCCCGUCCCCUCCUCCUCCUCCUCCUCCCACCCUCUCUCCUCCACGCCAACGUCUACACUCGUCGCUCCAUCCCCAUCCCCGCUCUCAGCCUCCCCCUCUUCUCCCCCUAUGGGUCUAACCACGCCCCAAGGCCGAAACCUGUCCUCCCCCACUCUGUCGGACAUCCGCCUUUUAAGCAGCCCCGUUAACAGCAGCCCCGCUUCCAGCAGUAGCUCCCAAGAAGAUCUGUCAGACGGUAGUUCAUCGGAGGGAGUGUUUUUGGAGUUGAGUCUUGGGGAAGAGGAGGGAGAAGAGAGGGAGGAGAGGAGGGUUGGAGAGGAGGACGAUGAAGAAAGGAGAGAGAGGGAAGAGAGGGAUGAAAGGGAGAGGAGGGAUUGUGAGGAGAGGAGGAAUUUAAGGGAGAGUGAGAUUCGCAUGCGUCUUUUAACAGCGAGAAUGGAGAGGGAGAGGCACGGGGAUGCCUUCUGCAGCAGAAAACGGCAGAAGGCAGCAGCAGCCUCGGUUGCGGCCACAGCAGCAGCUGCAGCUGCUGCUACGACUGGGGUUGUAUCGCUAGCUACAGCUGACUCGUCGCUGCAUGCUUCCCAGCUUCACUCGCUGUGCCUUGAUUGGUGCAUCCAGAUCACAGACGACGCCCUGGCGCCUCUUGCUGCCUGCCACCACCUCGCCUCUCUCAGCACACAUGGCUGUAACCGCCUGUCUGCUGCUGCUCUCACGCACGUCAGCCACCUGCCCUCCCUCACGCGCCUGAACCUGGAGAUGUGCGGAUUGCUCAAGGGGGGGAUGCGCCACCUUACAGGGCUUUCCUCCCUCCGCACUCUGAACGUCGGUUGGUGCACGUCUCUCGACGAUGAUGACAUGGCAGACAUAGCCCGCCUCUCCUCGCUACACUCCCUCAACGUCUCCCGCUGCAAGAUCACAGAUGCAGGCCUCACAGCUCUGCUGCAAGCUCUCUCCUCCCUGACCAGUUUCAGCAUGGCGGGCUGUCAGCAUGUGACGGACACAGCCUUCUCUCUCAUCUCUGGCGUUCACGGAUUGACUGAGCUCAACGUGGAGUGGUGUGCGCUUCUCACUAACACGGGCCUCAAGCACAUGCAAGCUCUCACACGUCUCACGUCUCUCAACCUGGCCUACACCCGCUUUGGCGUCAUCGACACACCCCGCAACAGGAGCAUGCAGAGUGCUCCUUCCUUCAUCUCCUCGCUGCGCUCCCUCCGCCACCUCAACCUCGACUCAUCACGCGUCAACGACCUUGCCAUGGCAGAACUUGCAGGUCUAACUGCCUUGGAGAGCCUUGAUCUGUCAGACUCCACAGUGGGCGAUGCAGGGAUUCGCAGCGUCUCUGCCAUGACUCGUCUCUCCUCCCUCAACCUGAGCUACUGCAGUGUCACAGAUGGCGGUGUGACCAGCAUCGCUCACCUCUCCGCCCUCACCUCCCUCUCCCUUGACACUCGCUCCAUCACUGACGCUGGCUUAAAGCGCCUCUCAGCCCUGACCAACCUCACCAACCUAGACUUGUUUGGAGCACGGGUGACGGACGAAGGCAUGGCAGUGGUCAAGGGCUUCAAGAAGCUUCGGGUGUUGGAGGUGUGUGGGGGCGGCAUCACAGACAAGGGAGUUAAGGAACUCGCUUCUCUGCCCCAACUGGCCUCCCUCAACGUCUCUCAGAACCAGCGCAUCACCGACACUGGUGUCAAGGCUCUGGCAGCACUCACCACUCUCGAAACCCUCAACCUCUCGGGAUCAGGAGUAACCCGCAACGGCCUCUGCCACCUGCUCGCCCUCUCCCGCCUCACCUCCCUCUCCCUGCACGGCUGCAAGGUGCACAGAGCGCACCUCAAUCACCUGCUCGUCUCCCCUCUCUGUGACUGGGACCCGAGCCUCACCGUUACAGGGGUUAACUGA